AUGAAUGCCAACUGGAAAGAUUGGUCAAGAAAACUUGAUGAUGCUCCUUGGGCUUAUAGGACGACCUACAAGACGCCGAUUGGGAUGUAUCCAUAUUUAUUGGUGUUUGGGAAGGUGUGUCAUAUUCCGGUAGAACUUGAGUAUAAGUCCAUGUGGGCUUUGAAAAAGUUGAACCUUGAGUGGGAUGUCGCCGCAAACCUAAGAGUGACACAUUUGAAUGAGCUUAAUGAAUUCUGGUACCAUGCCUACACAAGUUCGUCUCUCUACAAGGAGAAGAUAAAGUACCUCAAUGACAAGUACAUCCACAACAAGGAUUUUAAAGAAGGUGAUCUUGUGCCAUUUUUCAAUUCCCGGAUAUGA